AUGUUUGUGGCUAAUUUGGUGGAGCCUUCGCGUGCGCGUUACGUGAAUGACAAUGGUACCACUUGGGUUGUUCCCGUGUGGAAUGCGGUGCGAGGUGCCCAGACAGAAAGUGUCGACGGUCGCGUUGAACUGCCUCAACAGACGAACACAACACUCUCACCGGAUACCGUGCGUGUUCUGACGGGAGAAACCGCCAUAUUCCGUUGCUUCCACUAUGAACCACACAAUCUAUUGUGGCGUCACCAGGAUAACCUCAUUAACGGCAGUUACGGCACUGCGUUCGUGAUACUACAAGACCAGCAGUAUUCCGUACAAAUCGUUGACGAAACGAAUUACCUGUCCAUACACAACGUCUCGCGCUUCUCCGCCGGUACCGUAGAAUGCCUGUGUCCCAGCGGUGAUGGGCAACGAUGUCCGGUAAAACACUUUACGUUACAGCCGAAACUGCGCCCGGACGAUGUCUUCAUCGGACAGAUGGACAACGUGACGACACACCCGGGCAUUGCCGGCAAGUUCAGGUGCCAGGUCAGCUUCCCCUGCUGUCCUUACCCUGCAAGGCACUUUAUCUGGAAAGUGCGAGGUGCCUUUGUAUACAUCCCUAAAGGUCAUCAGCUGGAGGGCGUUUUUCACAUGCAACCGGACCGAUGGAUCCACGCCGACAUGAAGAAGAACUACAGUUGCGCUGAGUUUCAGCCGACAUUCUGCGAAGAGACGUUGAAUCUGUGGGCGCACAUCAUAAUAUUUGGACCGAAUCCCAGCGUGGUGGAGUGCUGGGUGCGGGAGGACGCCAGCACGGAGGAAUGGCUGGUGCAGAAAGCAUUGCUGAAUAUUGUUCGUCCAAGAAAUACAUAAUGGUUAACUCGCAAGAUGCAACCUAAAGACGUUGACUAGUCAGUGACGCCAGAGGCUCUCAUCGCGAAUCAAAGAACUGACAACCAUGCAGAUACAAUAACAACUACAGAUACUUUCGAUCUCUGCAGAAAUGCAACGACAAAUUGAAGCUAUUACGGUACAUGCAGUUGCUGGCAAGCAGUAAGUUUGCACAUCCUCUGAAUCUGCUGGACAACAAAAUCACCAUAAACUGAACUAAGAACCGAUCCGUUAUCGACAUACGGCCUAAUGGCAGCCAAUCAUAAUGGAGACCAUCAAAAGUGGGAGGGCAAUACAAUGCGGAUGCUGACUGGCGAUUCCCUUGGCCGUCUGGCCAGGCGCGUCGGGUGUUACGCCCGUGUUAUUGCCGGAUCCACGAGCCUAACAACGCUACUCAUCAGAAUCAUUACCGCACUACUGGAUGCGCGCGUGUUUGUUACUGUACAAUUAUUUCCUGGGCAAUCUGUGGGUCCAGUGUUGGCACAAAGGCAGUCUGCAAGAGGAUAACGUUCGAUGGACAGGACGAAUUGUACAAUACGAUACAGUUUAUAUGCAUUCGGCCCAACGGCUUACCGUCGUUGUGAUCGGCAUCGUGAAACCAGUCGCAUUAAAGUCCCUCUGUGAACAGCACACAAGCGAUUAGCUAAUAACCAGACCGGCACAAGCGUUGUAUUUCCGGUUCCGUUGUCACGUUUACGAAACACAACCACAGCCGAAAUAAUCGUAUGUAUCUAUAUGUAUCGUAUGUAUCGGCAAACGUUUAGAACAAUGUUUUACCAUAAAGGCAAAAGUGAACACCUCUGCGUAGUGCAGAACGCGGCGAGGAGUUCCGUUUUCAAGUUUUGCAAAAAACAUU